CCGAGUGAAGGAGAGAGAGAGAGAGAGAAAGUGUGAGCAAGGGAAAAAAAGAAAGAAAAGAGGGAUGAACACCAAAUGCGUCCUUUCUCCUCACGAAAGUGCACUAGAUAGUGUUCAAAUAGAUGCUUGAGCACAGAGUUCCCUACGUGGUGCACUAUAUGUUCAUUUAGGACGCGAGUCUGAAGUGUGUGUGUGUGAGAGACACACACACAGAGAGAGAGAGAGAGAGAGAACAUUGUCCGGCGCUCGCGCAUGAGAGAGAGAGAGACGUGGUGUAGCGCGCGGGUUUACAGUGGCACAGCGCUCGCGCAAACAAUUUCAAUGUGUUUUCAUCACUUAUUAAGUAAUUUGUUUUAAUUGGAUGAGCGCGUGAACACAAGCGCGCGGCAGCGGGAAGAACAGAGAUUUUGGAGCACGAGGGAGGGGAAAGAAGAAAAAGAGAAGAGAAGAAAAGAAAAGAAAAGAAAAGUGAAGUGGAUGCAAGCUGAGACGGUGGGCGUGGCUUCAUAGUAACGUCCCAGGUUGUGUUCAGGGGAAUCGUGCGAGCGACCGUGAUACGAUGUCGAGAUCUGACGAGGUGAACAAAAUGACAGAAAACGUCUACAAGGGCAUCCUGGAGCAAUUUAACCCCAGUUUGAAGAACUUUGUCACCAUGGGGAAACACUAUGAGAAAGCGCUGACAGGAGUGACUGUCGCAGCUAAAGGCUACUUUGAUGCGCUGGUUAAACUGGGAGAACUGGCCAGUGACAGCCAGAGCUCGAAAGAACUGGGUGACACGCUGUUCCAGAUGGCCGAAGUGCACAGACAGAUCCAGGUGCAGUUAGAGGACGUGCUGAAGUUGUUUCACUCUGAACUCCUCUCUCAGCUGGAACAGAAGCUGGACCUGGAUAUUAAAUUCCUCACCGCGACGCUGAAGAAGUACCAGAGCGAGCGGCGGUCGAAGGCGGAGUCGAUCGAACGCUGCCAAUCGCAGCUGAAGAAACUGCGCAGGAAAAGUCACGGCAGCCGCCACCCGAAUAAAUACGGAGACCGAGAGAUGCAGUUUGUGGAGCUGAUGAGUCGCAGGCAGACGGAGUUGGACUCUCUGGUGGCAGUGGGUUAUCGCUCGGCUCUCACCGAGGAGAGGAGGAGAUACUGCUUCUUGGUGGACCGCCAGUGCUCCGUCGCCAAGCUGCUCAUAAACUACCACAGCAAGGUGCGCGAACUCCUGUCGCAGAAGCUGUCGUCGUGGCAGCAGUCAUGCUCCCAGCCUACCAAAUUACCAGAGCGGGCGUUGAACCUGCUGCGUCACACGGCCCCUCCGGGUGCAGGGGCUUCUGGGAUAGCGGAAGUCCUCCGACACACUAAACUGGGCUCGGCUCAGUCUGGAGAGCAGAGGCUGUCCGUACAGGAAGUCCCGCCCCUUCUGAAUGGCGAGUCCGGCAGUCGCACCCAGCAGCAGCACGGCGGAUCGUCUGUCUCGUCCGAUCCCCCACUUCGCACCCUCUCCACCCACAACACCAGCACGGCUUCUAGCCCCGCCCAUCCACAGACUACCUCUGUGCUGUCAGGAAGUGUUACAGGCGUGCUUUCUCCUGCUUCUGGUUCUGCAUCUCUGUCUCUUAGCCCCGCCUCUGCUUCAUCCCUUAAUUCUCUGCAAGGCCUGGCUCCGCCAUCUAACGCCCCCCACACUCCUCCAUUGCCCCAUAGUGCACCUUUGUCUCGUGCCCUCACACCGGUGCCACCGUCUGCCUUCUCUCCUCCGGCCCAUAACCCUCUGCUGCUCAGGGCCACCGACAUCUACGCAACCUCCACACUGCCGUUACCAAGGAAACAGCCGAACGAGUUGCGGACAGGAUUUAUGGGCUCCACCCUACCCCGUGUGCUCCCACUCUGUCCUCCUCUCCGUGUGGAGGCGCUGUUCGCUCACUCGCCCAGCUCUACUGACAGGGCAGAAAAAGGAGAGAGAGGCGGCUCGUGUCUGCUGUCCUUCCUUCCUGGAGACGCCGUCAGUCUUCUAAUCAGCGAGCCGAGAGAUGGCUGGCACUACGGACAGAACGAGAGAACUGGACGGAAAGGCUGGUUUCCCUUCUCCUACACACAGCCGUUCCCGAACACGUCGACACCGACACAGCACGACGCUGUCAGUUCUCCUGGCCUGUCCAAACUGAACAGUACGAGUAUGGGUCAGUUAGACAGGCUGCCCCCUGCAGGUGAGUUUGUGAAACUCAGUCCCGACUCAGAGGAGGAGCGAGGGAUCAGCACGUUUAGGCCACGCCCCUACAGCAUGAUGAACCCGGACAUCAGACGCACGAGUCCAGGACACGCCGAGCAGAAGGGCAAAGAGCAGUUGUCCGGUGAGCGCUCUUCUCCUCCGCCGUCUCCCGCCAGGACCAAUCCGUUCGCUCAUAUCCGUCUGAGGAAGACGGUGACCAACGACCGCUCGGCUCCGCUUAUCGAAUAGGGAACGUCGUCUGUUUUGUUAACGUUUCCCUUUUGAUUGACAGAAAAAAAAGCCAGUAAAUGUGUAAAUCCUGUGGGGGGAAAAAAUAGUGUUCUAUUCAAACAGCUACUUCUUUGUUUUCUUUUUCUUUCUUUCUUUCUUUUUUUUUUUUUUUAAAUCUUUUUCGUCUGAGCCACUGAUUGAUCUAUUUUUGAUUUAAAAAAAAAAAACACAUUUAGAAAAGAAUAUUUGUUGGUUUUGCUUCCAUGUUGAUGAACAAACAGUCUAAAUAAUGGCUUGUUACUCAAAUUAAUGUGCCAAUAAUAAUCUGUGCCAAAAAUGUUCUCUAUAUUCUCAUGGUUUGGAUGAGGCAUGUGCUGGAAAUCAGGUUAUUCUACGGACUUAAUAUAUUUAAAACGCAAUAAAGUCAGCAUUCAGUUCAUUAUGAGCCUGCCUAGGUGGUCACAUGUUUGAUGGAAAUCUCCAUGUUAGAGCUUUAGAUACUGUAGCUGAUGUCAUUGUUCCAUUCCCAGCAGAUAAAGCAAAGGUUUCCUAGCAAAACAAAUCCACGGUGAGACACUUCAUGUGUAAGUAAGCCUUGUUUCAUUGCUUUAAAAGUUACACAAGUCACUGACGCUGUGUCAAAAAUGAUUCAAAGAAUCAAUAUCUACGUUAACUAGGCAAUUAUCUCUGUACGUUAGCUAGCUAAGUACAAAUUUCCGUCAAACUUUUGCUCGGAGAAUUUAAGUUUUCUCUCAAACAUGAGCUGUUUACAUUUCAAUUUCCGGUCAAAAAAUAGCUAGCGAGUCUGUCACGUUUUAGCUAGCUACUUUUCUCUCAAACGUUUGCGAUUUGCAAAUGUCUACCUAUCGUUUUCUCGCUAAUUACAAUUUUCUCUCAAAUGCUAGCUAGCUAAUUACAAAUGUCUGUCAGAUGCUAGCUAGAUAGUUACACUUUUCUCUCAUAUAUUAGCUAGCUACAUUGCAAGCUUCCCUCAAUCACUGGCUAGCGAAUUGGUUUUCUCUCAAAUGAUGGCUAGUUACAUUAGUUACAAUAAAAUUUCCUGUCACAAAUAUGCUAGUGAAUUACAAUUGUCUAUCAAAAGUUAGCUAGCUAAUAACUUUUUCUCUCAAAGCUAGUGAAUGACAAAUGUUACAAAACAUAGCAGGCUAAUCAUAAUACUCAUUCCAGUGAUCGCUAGUUACAUUGCAGUAUCCUUUCAAACAUUACAUAGUUACAUUAGAACUUCCUGUCAGUGGUAAGCUAGCGCCUUACAAUUUUCUCUCGAACAUUAGCUAGUGAAUUACAAAUGUCUGUCAAAUGCUACCUAGAUAAUUACAGUUUUCUCUCAAACAUUAGCUAGCUAACAUUGCAAUCUAAUCUUCAUCUAAUCAAUCAUUAGCUAGGAAAUUAGUUUUCUCUACAUUACCCUUUCAAUGAAAUUACCUGUCAAAAAUAAGCUCGUAUAUUACAAUUGUCUGUCAUAUUUAUGCGGCCAAUAACAAAUGUCUCUCAAAUGUUUUCUAGCUAAUUAUGAAUUUCUCUCAAAUGCUAGUGAGAUUGAGAUUAAUGCUUGAGAUAUUUUUUUCUCUCAAAUAUUAGAUAGCUGCAUUACAAUUUUCUCUCAAACAGUCGCAAGUGAAUUUCAAAAGUCUAUCAAACGUUAGUUUUUUCUCAAACGUUAGCUAGCUACAUUACAAUUUUCUCUCAAAUAGUGACAAGUGAAGUUUAAAUGUUUAUCAGUCGUUAAGUAGAAAACAGUUAUCUCUCGAACAUUAGCUAGCUAAUUACAAUUUUCUCUCAAACAUUGCUUGUCGCUGGAGUGAAGAUUUCUGUAGUGUGCUUCCACACUCUGUCGCCUAUCUAGGGCUCUAAUAUGGAGAUUUGUGGUUGUGCCUUGAGCCGUUUUGAAUAUAUACAUAUCCUCUAGAUUAUAUAGAUUUUGUUUAACUUACCUUGUCUUGGCUCAGCUGUUCUGUAGAUGUAUUUAGUAAGCGUAGACAUAACAGCUAAGUAAUGUUGUUAUUUUGUUAUUUGAUUUGAUAAAAUACAGUAUUUCAUCGUUUGAAGGCUCCAGGAAGUAAAAUCGUAGAAGGUCGAUUUGUGGGUAUGUUUUCUUACUGAGGAAAAGUUGUUGAGUUUUUGAUGGUUAAUGAACGUAGGUCCAUGUUCUGGAUAUAUAAAGUGUGAGACUUUGUUUUAAUGUUAAUGGCAUCAACAUUACAGAAAUUUCCAUUGAUGGUAUGUCAGUAUAUCUUUCUUAUUUAUACCACCGCAGUGUUGAAUUCUCGAUUCUGAUUGGUCGGAAAGUGUUUACAGUAGUGCAGCUGUAAAUCGCAGGUUUAUAUUAAUUCACGUGUUCUAAUAUGUUCUCGUUUCCAUAGUAACAUACACAGGGACUCGUAUGGCGUACAAUAGAAUAAAAUAACUUCUCUGUGGUAACCGUAACUCUACUUCGUCACACAACCCUGUUGUUGAUCAUUUUCCUAUGACAGCAUGCCCUCUAGUGUUUGAUUCAGAGCAAUACAUCCAACAUCCCAUUAAAAAAAAUUAGUUAAGGUUAUCUGACAUCGUCUAAUUUCUGAAGGUACAGCGAGAAACGUUUUGAACAGAAAAUAUAUUCUCUAAUAAGUGGUGAUUAUCAGGGGGCCAAGCACUAAGUCAGUCCUGCGAGAAUCCUGCAAUCUGUAAUCAGCCGAAGCGUAAUAUUCACAUGAAUGUAAAUGUGUUUAAUUAUGUCGGUUGACAUUUAUGAAGUUUAACAGUGUGAUGUUGCUAAAUGUAACAUUAGCAAUAUUGCAGAUUAUCGCGGUGUAUCAUGAUUUCCGCUCAAAUAGGCCAAAUUCAUGUCGGAAUUAUUAAAUACACCGAUUUUUGGUAAGAUUUCUGAAGGUUAAAGAUGCGAUGUAAAAAAACGUGAAGCUGUAUAGCGUAAUAUAGGUAACGAUACAGCGAAAUCAUCACUGACAUUUGGUUAAACGUGUGAAGGCUCGGAAAGUGACUCCAGAAAGUGAUUAAGAACGUUUUCGGGAACGUGCGGACGUGUUGGAGGAGGAAAGAUUUGAUCUAAUAUUUGACUUUCGCCUGUUUCUUCUGUGGCGAGAGUUCCGGACGAUUAGAGGCCACUUGUUUCUCGUAGUCAGUAGCUAGCUAUUAUCGGCUAGCACAUCUUUCUCUCAAUUUAGCACCGUGUAUUUACAGUAAUGACUACAGCAACUCGGAACUUUUUAUAUAAAAAUGUAUUAAAGUCUUCUCCCGAACGCACUCGAUUUGUUUUGAAGCAAAAUAUCAUGUCUGAUUUGCGAGUUUUAACCCUUAGGUCUGAGAGAAACGGCAGACAUUUGCGAUAGCUGAAACAUUUAACGUGAUGAUGUUUGAUUAUUUUGGUCAUUCUUAAAUAAAUCUAUGGUUAUAUUGAGUAUAUGAAUUAAAUUCCUUUUUUUUUUUUGGCUUGAGUAGGACCAAAUUUCAAAGUCCUGUGAUGCGUAACAUCUCCAGUUUUUUUUUUUUUAAUUUUAUUUUAAGAUUAUUAUUAUUAUUAUUAUUUGUCUAUUUUGGGAUUUUAAAGGAAGUGAAGAGUGAAAACACUGAAAAUUUUAACUGCUAAGAUUUCUCUCAGGAGAAAGUUUGGAGUUUAAUUUAAAUAAUUGUAGCUUGUUGUUGGAUGUUUGUCUCAUGUAGCCAUGUGUCUGUAUUCAAUUAUACGCUGUACUGCGAUUUUUAACACGCACAAUAUUGUUACACUGUAGAAAUCUCAUCAUUCCUCUGGCUGGGGAUUUUAUAAUGUGAUUAACAAGAAAAUAUGUAAUGUAUUGGAAAAAAAAAAAAAGAUUUUUCUUUUUAAACUGGCACAUGCCUAUAUAAAUUUAUGUAUCUAAGUUUCAGAUCGUUUGAAUUUUAAAUAUGUUUAAAAUGGACUUGAUGUGUGACAUCUGUUUUGUUUUCCAUAAAUCUGUGCCUUAAAUCAUAGAAAACAAGAAGAAUGACUGUAUGGCGUCCACUGAAAUGUAUUUCCUUCUCUACUACAUUUGCUGUACAUACAAAAACGUUCAAACGUUUCUGAUCAUUAUAGCACACAGUGUUUGUUUUUUUUUUGUACGUUUUCAGUAUGCUUUCAAGGAAUAACUGUGACUAUGUGAUGAUGGUCUUAUCUCUUCGUUUUCAGUGUUCUUAGAAAUAUGUUUUAUUAGUAAAGAAAAUGAAACUAAUCAGUAUUAAUGAAGACCGAGAAAGUUAUAUUACGCUCAUACCGAACGUGUCACGGUGUGCGUACGCCGUCGUUUCACACUAACCUGCUGUGUAAGAAUUCAAAUAAAUAAAUCAA